CAGUCCGGUUGGCCUUGGGGGCGGGGCUGUAGAGGAACUUGUCAAAGCUGCAGAGUGAAGUGAGAAUUCUACUAGAGAGGAAAUGGCUGCCUCUUCAUCCUCCUUCUCAGUCGGUGCGGUCAGUGGAAGUUGUGUCACUGGAUCUGGUUUCAGUGGCUCAGACCUUGCCCCACCACGGAAAGCCCUUUUCACCUACCCCAAAGCAGCUGGAGAGAUGUUAGAAGAUGGCUCUGAGAGAUUCCUCUGUGAAUCCGUUUUCAGCUAUCAAGUGGCAUCUACGCUUAAACAGGUGAAACAUGAUCAGCAAGUUGCUCAGAUGGAAAAACUAGCUGGUCUGGUAGAAGAGCUGGAGGCAGAUAGUGGCGAUUUAAACCCAUCCAAGCAGCUGCUGGGGUUCACACCCUCUUCAGGUUGACCUUGCCUGGAUGGUCACCUCUGGGGUACAGCAAGUGCAGGUCCAGUGAGGAACUUUUCCUACAGCUUACAUAGCCAACCAGAGAUUCACAGCUCCAUCGCUGAAUUGUUAAUUCACAUCCAUACUUGGUUUCUCUGUAUCUAUCCACAAGCAACAAAUACUUAAAUGUGUGAUCUUACAGGGAAAUUUUUUAUUUGUUUAAAAAGUAUUGAGAAUCAGAUUUAGGCAACUGGCAUCACAGAACCGGGAGGUUUGGGUUUAAGAGAGAUUUAUAAAACUUCACAAGCCAGGACACAUGCCAGAAUUGGCCAAUGGAAUGGCAUCCCUCCUGUCAAUUCAUGCAGUUCCUAGAAUGCUCACCAGUCAAGUCCAAGGUCAAGACCUGGAGUUAUAAAAUACAGCAUUUCUGACCUAAAACUGUUCUUUUUGCAGAUGAAUGUGAUUUCAACUCAGGACCUGUCCAAAUUAGGAAUUUUUUAAUGUUUGGGAUUUUUUUUCUAUUUUUAGACAUCUAAUUCUAUAGAUUCUAUCUUUUUCUAACCUCCUCUAGGCACGCCAAAUUCUGGCAAAAAGAAUUGCUUUUUGAAUGUUGAAGUUCUGGUAAAAAUAAAGCAGUGAGCAAAAUCCUUUUAAACACAGAAAUCCUGAGUUCAUCUUGUUGGUGGGCUCAGGCAAUUCUGUAGCAAAUAAAUCCUUUG